AGGUUGAGGUUACGUUAAUGUUUUGCCGCUUUUAAAGUUGUUAAUCCUACUUAAAUAAACUUACUAGCUAGGAGUUCAUAAUUUAUUAUUUCAGCUAGGCUACCUCAUGGAAAUAUCAUCGGAUUCCGACGAUGAUGAUUGCCAGUUAUAUACUAGAACAGCAGACCAUUUUACUAAGAAGAGAAAUGAAAUUCAGUCUAAGAGGAAACUACUAGAAGACGAAGACACAGUUAACCAAGACUUAGUCCUAGCAGAUGCAGAUGUUUUUCUCGUCAACGGUGAGGAUGCAAUUAAUAGUUCAAAAUUUGUCGAUAAUUCAUUGGAUGCAGAUGUUAGCCUCAACAGCUUUCAGGACCCUAACAGUUCUGAAGAUGAUAUACCAUUAGCUGAAUUAAGGCGAAGUCUGAGGAACAAAAAACGCAAAAUUCCAUGCUCCCCACAACUGCAGGUAAGGCCUAGAUCUAGAAGAAAAUCUAGGAAGCAAAGAAAUCGGGAAACGUCAAGGCCUACCGGUAUGUCUCCAGCGAGAAACGGUAAUGUAGUUGUACUAGACGAUGAUUUAGAUUUUGUAGUUGGAUCGUUUCCCCCUAUAGAUUUUAAUAGCCGUUCUAACAAAAAAUCUAUUUCAUCCAAAGACAUAUCAAUAGAAAAUAUAAAUCUUGAUUUAGAUGAUGAGGAUGAUUUUGAAAGUGAUGACUUAGUCACACUAACUAUUGAGUGGAACAAUAAUAAAACAACUACCCUCAAACAUUUCAAAAUCCGUAGAUAUCAAAAAUUGGAGUCAGUGUUUGAGGAGCUGUCCAAACUAGAAAAUAUCAAUUCAAACCGUGUUCUAUUGAUGUAUGAUUUUAAAUCUGUCAGUCCUAUGGAUACUCCAUCAUCCUUGAAUCUGAAAUUUUACGGUGCUCUAAUAGGUUCAGUAUCUUCCGUAGAAGUAAAUCACAACAAAGCCAAUGUAAUUAAUCAAGUAGAUGAUGAAAAAUCCUCUGGGCCCACUGGAGGCAUUCAAGUGAAAUUGUUAUUACAAUCCAAGCAGACAUUGGUAUUCAAGGUUUUCAAACGUCAAAAAAUGGACAUUCUUUAUACAAAGUGUGCUGAAGAAUUGAAGUGUAACAAGGGUCAGUUAAAAAUUACUUUUGAUGGUGAGCAUGUUGAGCCAAAUGAAGUCUUAGAAGAUUUGGAUGUAGAAGAUGGGGAUGUGUUUCAUGUACAUGUUAAAAGCUGCAACUAAAUGUUGUUAACACAAACUCUGUAAAAUGUUAUUUAAUUUAAGUUUAAAUGAUUUUGUAUAUAAACUGAUUUAAUAUUGUUGAUACCGUGACAUACCUUUGCUACAUGAUACCAGUUGGAGAACUUAUUGUUUAACAAAACAUGCUUGCCCCUACCGAUACCAUUUUGUACCACUCAACAUUCAAUUUUAUACAGGCUGUCAUUUGUUAAAAAGAGUUAAGACCGUAGAGGCCCAUCAUAACUUAGCCUAUUAUGAAGAAAGUAACUUCUAGGCUACUUAAUUACUCAUUCUGUAAAAUUAAUUAGGUUCAAAGUGAUUGCUAGUGUAACUUAGCCUAAGUAAUUUUCUUGAAACUGGUUACCUAUUCUUGUCACAGUUUUUUACGGGUAGCCGGAGCUGAGCCUACUAGCAUCACACAUUCAUCUACUACUUUGUCAUUUCCUGCUCCAAAGUAAACUUACAUAGGGUAACAUAAUUCACUAGAAGUAUCAUAUUUAUAAUAAGUUAGUUAGUGGAUGUAGCCUAUAUUUUGCGAGUUCAUUAUUAAACUUAGAUAUUUUUUAUACCGACUGUCCCAUUUGUGCUCCUCUAAUCAAGCCCUGUUUUUUUUUUGUGUAAAAAACUUGACAGACUUUCUAAUGUAAAUAGGUAGGCCUAGUAUUUUUGUAAUUUUGUGGAAAGUCUCAAUUUUCACCUACGGUACAGGUAGUUUCUUGUUUGAUUUAGGUUAGUAAUUGAAAUUUGUUUCAGUGAGUUAUAAUUGAUAAAUUAAUCAAAUCUAACUUUUAUAGAGGUCACAAACAAGCCAUUGUCAUCCUAUUAGAAGUUUAUGAAAUCAUUCUUUUAUAGGCAACAUUACUUACGCCUAUAGGCUAUUUUUUAGUUUGUGUUUAUGUAAGGAUAACAAAUUUUUAAGUUUUGUCACAAUAAAGUAGUAUUUAAGAUUAGAGCCAGUAGAUCCUAUUAAUAUUGAAUUUAAAGUACCAAUGAAAAAAAACCUCAUCAGAUAUAGCAUAAUUGUUUCACUUUUAAAAUUAAGUUUCCCUUAUCUUGUCAUUUUGCAUUAUCACUUAAGGAGUUGAUGGUAGCUCCUCGAUUAAUCACUUAAUGUUUAAAUUACAUUAUAUGUAAGAUUCGGUGUUAAAACACCAUCGUCACCUUCAGGUUUUUUACUUGUAGAGUUGAUCAGUUUUAGAUAUAACUUAGUCAAAGGUUAAACAACAUAGGGCACUCGAACAAAAUUACAAAAAGUACAAAAAGAGAUUGAAACAUUUCAAUAGGCCUACCCCUGGCGCAGCAAACCUGCAGACUAAGUGAAUUUCCAUUUGCCUGAUUUGAUUUUCAAUGAAAUCUAUUUCAAUAACAUUAGGUAUAAUGAUUACCUUGGUUUGCUGCUAGAGGGAGGGUAAUAAAGUGUGUUUUUUCGUAAAACAUUAGCCUAAUAGCUUAGUAUAAAAGAUUAUAGAUUUGCUAAGUUUGAUCAAAAUAUUCGGUACAUAAACAAGCAAACUACAAAAGUUAACUUAUUCUCUAAAAGAAUAACAUGGGAAUUUUAAAUUUACAAUUUUUUGCAUUUUAUCCAAAACCAAUAAUCAUACAAAAACAUUUUAAUAUAAGUUACUACAUUUUUGUUUUUUAAGCUCUCAAAAAAAUAAUUUAUAGAGAAAUUGGGAUAUUUUAGGUUUACACCUAGGUAGGUCUUACCAUGAGACCUACCGUAAUAAUAGCUUAUUCCCUAUGGGAAAUUCGCUAAAACAAGCCUGUUGUACAGUAACAAAGUUACUGACCGUACUAAAAGCAAGGGACAGACUGUCACUCUUUGUUGCAACAGGCCUGUUUCAGCGAAUUUCCCAUAUAGGGAAUAAGCUAUUAUUACGGUAGGUCUCAUGGUAAGACCUGGACCCGGGACCGAUAUACUUUUUCGUUUUGAUGUCCCCAGAGGCCAAAAACACCAUCCGUUCUAGUUCAUAAUAUAUAUGUCCCUUAGCACGAUAACUCGAGCAAAAAUGAUCCCAUUUCGUACAAACAUGUAAACCUACGUUUAUCCAAACGAGUUCGAAAACCAGUAUGAUCAGACCAUGGGAACGAGGUUUUAUAGGGGAUUUAUGGGGUAAAAAUUGGUUUUUCUCAUUUUUGACUUUCAAAACAUAAAAUUCCUUAAAUUCUCUCUAGACCAUUUUGAAGAGAUUAAAAAAUUUAAGUGUUUUUGUACGGUUAUUGGUUAGAGAGAAACUACAAAAAAUAGUAAAUUUAAAAUUCCCAUGUUAUUCUUAUAGAGAAGAAGUAAACUGUUGUAUGUUUGCUUGUUAAAGGAUAUAUUUAGAUCAAACUUGGCAAUUGUUUACUAAGCUAUUAAUGCUUUACUAAAUAAACACACUUUAUUACCCCUGUAGCAGUAAUCCUAAGUACUCAUUAAACUUAAUGUUAUCAAAAUAGAUUUAUUUGAAAAUCAAUUCAGGCAAAUGGAAAUUCGCUUAGUAUACAGGUUUGCUGCAGCAGGGGUAUUUAAAUGUUUCAAUGUGUUUUUGUAGGUACUUUUUGUAAUUUUGUUUGUGCCGUAUUGGGUUUAACCUUUGACGAUGUCAACAACUAAUCAACUCUACCAAGUACUUGAAGCUGACGAUGGUGUUUUAACACCGAAGCAUGUCCUAAUACAGUAUGGCCAAAUUCGUUGAGCUGUGACGGAAUUACGUUUAAGGAAUUUAGUCUUACAUUAUGUCCAACAGCUCAGGGGCUUCAAAUGUGAAUGGCAAACUAAUAAGUUUUCCUUUUUUCUUUUCUAGUAAUUAGGCUACCCAAAAAUGAUAGCUUACUUAAGCGAUGCCUUCAAACCUAUCUCAAAUCUAUUUUGUAUUAAUUCCAAAUCACUAAGUAGCUUAAAUUUCUUUUAAAAUAAUUCUUAAUCCAAAGAAGCAGUAGAUAAAAUGUUUGUAUUAUUAUUUUCAGCUAUUUUCUAAGGGUGAUCUGAAUAGCCUAUCUUUAAUUAGAGUAUAUCUUCCAACGUUCCGACUCAUGUUUGUAAUCUUUAUUCAUCUAGUAUAGCCGUAUUUGCACAUGCCAAUAGGCUGGCAGGUGUUUACACAAGGCAAGUAGGGUAGGUUGCCUGUCUCUAAUGUGCUAAUAUCUUUAAUGCCUGUUUACUGACCUCAUAUUUAAACCAUACUUAAACACACAUUAAAAUUUGUGUUCCCAAGGUUUCAAAAUCAGAUUUUUAAAAUUUGAUUUAAGAAUCCCAUACCAACAAUUUGUUUUGCACUGUAUAUUUACAAGAAAUGUUUGUCACCUCUCAAAAUUAAAAUGGUUCCAUCAAAAAUUACAUAUUAAUUGUGUUGUACAGUUUUUUAUAUAUUUUAUUUUAUUUUAGUCAUAGUGUUAUGGUAAUUAAACU